CCCGUCGCUCGCCCACCACGCUUUGCACGAGACUAACGCCUCGUGAACUCAGCGAGCUAACAUAUGCGACAGGACUAAGGCAAGCUUUUUUUCCAGCAAAAUCCUCCGACUUGCGACUCCUUCUGACUGCUACCAGUCGCAUACCGAGCUUCACAACUUUCCGAGCUAGCAACUAGACAUGGCCUUUACACCCAGAGGAGACCGCGGCGGCCGCGGAGGCGGACGAGGUGGAUUUGGCGACCGAGGUGGCAGAGGUGGAUUUGGAGACCGCGGUGGCAGAGGCGGCUCCCGAGGCGGUUUCGGCGAUCGCGGCCGUGGUGCUCCUAGAGGACGAGGAGCUCCUCGUGGACGUGGUGGAUUCGGAGACCGUGGCGGCAGAGGCGGCCGUGGUGGCGCCCGAGGAGGUGCUGCUGGAGCAAAGGGUGGACAGAAGGUCAUUAUCGAACCCCAUAGGCACGCUGGUGUCUUCGUCGCCCGCGGAAAGGAAGACUUGCUCGUUACCAAGAACUUGACCCCGGGCGAGAGUGUGUACGGCGAGAAGCGCAUCACAGUUCCGAGCUCAGACAAUGCCGUGGCGGCGAAUGGUGAUGCUGCACCGCCAACGAGCACCGAGUACCGUGUCUGGAAUCCCUUCCGAAGCAAGCUUGCGGCCGGUAUCUUGGGUGGUAUUGAAAACAUCUACAUGAAGCCAGGCUCGAAAGUUCUGUACCUCGGUGCAGCCAGCGGAACUAGUGUUUCUCACGUCGCUGAUAUCGUCGGACCAAAGGGUACUGUCUUCGCCGUCGAGUUCUCCCACAGGUCUGGACGUGAUCUGAUCAAUAUGGCCACACACCGAACCAACGUUAUCCCCAUCAUUGAGGACGCCCGUCACCCCUUGAAGUACCGCAUGCUCGUUUCUAUGGUCGACUGUAUCUUCGCCGACGUUGCCCAGCCUGAUCAAGCCCGUAUCGUUGGCCUCAACGCCCACUUGUUCCUCAAAGUCGGCGGAGGAGUGAUUGUUUCCAUCAAAGCCAACUGUAUCGACUCUACUGCCGCCCCUGAGGCUGUGUUCGCUCGCGAGGUCACCAAGCUCCGUGAGGAGAGAAUCAAGCCAAAGGAGCAGCUUACCCUGGAGCCUUUCGAGCGUGACCACGCAAUGGUGUGCGGUAUCUACCAGAGGGCUGCCUAGGCGCGUCGUAUCGAGUUGUCAUGAGUUUUUGCUGGUCUUGAUGCUACAGGUUGGCUAAGUGUGGUUCACGAACGGCUUCUGACUGAUCCAGAGGAAAGGUGCAGAGAUUUGGCAGGUUCUGUAGUCUCUGUAAAUAAGGCUCAUGGCGUUACUGGGCGCCCUGGAUACAGGG